GACGAAAGAGGAAAACAUCUCUCUCUCUUGGAUUUGUAGUAGCUGAAGCACAAAAGCACCUGUCUGUUCUACUGACGAAGUCUUUCUGUGGCGAGAGAAGCAAAGAACCCUCUUUUUCGCACUUGGGUUUGUUCAAAACCAUGCUCGCAAAGCCCAAGAGAAGAACCGUCACUGAGAAUGGAGAUGGGGGUGAUGAAUUGGCCCUUGCUGCUUCAUUAAAGAAUGGGGAGGAUGUGGGUGUGAUGGUUCGGCAUGCCUUCGAAGUCGGGAAGCCUGAGGCCCUCUUGCACCAAUUCAAGAAUGUCGCGAAGAAGAAGGAGGUCGAGAUCGAGGAGCUUUGCAAACUCCACUACGAGGACUUCAUCGUCGCUGUUGAUGAGCUCCGUGGCGUCUUGAUCGACGCUGAUGAGCUGAAGAACACGCUCUCUAGCGAGAACUACCAGCUCCAGGAGAUCGGGAGCUCUCUCUUGUCGAAGCUUGAUGAGCUCCUUGAGUUGUAUGCAGUUAGGAAGAACAUCAUGGAGGCUAUUCAGAUGUCGGGAGUGUGCACCCGUGUCACAAGCCUAUGUGUGAAGUGUAACAAACACAUAUCGGAGGGUCAGUUCUACCCUGCAUUGAAGACUGUAGAACUUAUUGAGAAGGACUAUCUGCAAAAGGUUCCCUUUAAGGCUCUUCAGAAGGUGAUCCAGAAGCAGAUACCAACAAUAAAAAUACAUAUCGAGAAGCAAGUAAGCAGUGAAUUCAAUGACUGGCUUGUUCAGAUAAGGAGCACAGCAAGGGAAAUUGGGCAAUCCGCUCUAAGAAUAGCAGCAUCGGCACGCCAAAGAGAUGAGGAGAUCCACACUCAACAGAGGGUGGCUGAGGAACAGAGCCAUUCUGGAUUGGUGGAUUUUGUCUAUAAUUUGGAUGUCGAGAAGAUUGAUGAGGAUUUGGUUUUGGAAUUCGAUUUGACACCUGUUUACCGUGCCCACAGCAUCCACACUUGCCUUGGUAAACAAGACCAGUUCCGUGAUUACUACCACAAGAACCGCUUGAUGCAGCUGAAUCUAGACUUGCAAUCAUCCUCAAUGCAAGCAUUCUUUGAAUCCCAUCAAACGUUUCUCGCCCAAAUUGCUGGGUACUUCAUAGUAGAGGAUCGGGUUUUACGGACGGCCGACGGGUUGUUGUUGGCUAGUCAGGUGGAGAAAGCAUGGGAUACAGCCAUUGCGAGAAUUACAUCGAUUUUAGAGGAGAAUUUCUCUUUUAUGGAUUCCACCGUCCAGCUUCUCCUGAUAAAGGACAAUGUAACUCUUCUAUGCACUACUCUUAGGCAGUAUGGAUACCAAGUAGCUCCUUUACUUGAGGUUCUUGAUAGUAGCCGAGACAAAUACCUUGGACUCCUUUUGGACGAUAGCCGUAAGCAGAUAACUGAUGCGAUUGCGAACGACACGUACGAGCAAAUGGUGAUAAGGAAGGAGUCUGAGUAUGAUAAGUAUGUUUUAUCAUGCGAUCUUCAAACUUCAGACCAGAUGCCAACACUCCCGUACAUGGCUCCCUUCUCCUCGACCGUCCCUGAUGCCUGUCGCAUCGUGAGGUCAUUUAUUGCAGACUCUGUCAGCUAUUUAUCUUACGGGGGCCGCACGAACUUGUAUGAUCUUGUGAGGAAGUACUUGGACAAGCUCUUGAUCUAUGCAUUGAGCGAGGCGCUCCUGAAAGCAAUCCACAACAGCACCACAGGGGUGUCACAGGCGAUGCAGAUUGCGGCCAACAUAAGCGUCCUUGAGCGAGCCUGCGAUCUUUUUCUCCGGCAUGCUGCCCAGCUGUGUGGUAGGCCCGUAUAUGCGGCAGAAAGAACACAUUCAGGUUUAACUGCAAAGGUGGUCCUAAAGACUUCACAGGAUGCCGCAUAUCAUGCAUUGUUGAGUCUGGUUAACUUGAAGGUGGAUGAGGUCAUGGCGCUUGUAGAAAAUAUCAAUUGGACGGCCGACGAGGUUGCACAGAAGGGAAAUGAAUAUAUAAACGAGCUCAUUGUUUACCUUGACACUGUGAUGUGCACGGCCCAUGAGAUCUUACCGUUGGAUGCCGUGUACAAGGUCGGAAGUGGAGUGCUCAAGCACAUCUCCAAUGCUAUUGUGGCUGCUUUCCUCAGUGAUAGUGUGAAAAGGUUCACCAUGAGUGCCGUUAUAGCCAUUGACAAUGACCUCAAGCAGUUGGAAUCUUUUGCAGACCAGCAGUUUGAGGGCACCAGCUUGUGCGAAAUGCAUAAGGAAGGGAGUUUGAGAGAUUGCUUAGUAGAGGCCCGCCAACUGAUCAACCUUCUAUUGAGCAAUCAGGCCGAGAACUUCAUGAAUCCUGCAAUAAGGGAGAAACGUUACAAUGCGUUGGACAAUAAGAAGGUGGCAAGUAUAUGUGAGAAAUUCAAGGAUGCACCAGAUAGGCUGUUUGGGAGCCUCUCAGGCCGGAAUACAAAGCAAAAUGCGAGGAAGAAGUCGAUGGACAUUUUGAAGAGAAGGCUUAGGGAUUUCAACUGAGAUUUGAGUAUGUCUUUUUGUAUUCCAUGUAGUUCCUUUUUUUUUUCCUAGAGAUUCUUAUGAAGAGGAUGGAAGAGGAAUUCAUGGCAUUGUUGCUGAUGUAGUGCAUGUAUGAAAGAUCCAACUCAUUCAUCAUGUGGGGCCCACCAUGAACAUGCCGCAGUCAAAAAAAGGGGGCUGCUUCACUCAUUGGGCUGGCACACAUACGUAUACAAUGAAUACAAGCCGUCCUUGCACCAUUUUUCACAUACAUGUGUGCCUGACCCAAUGAGCAGACAGACACCCCUUAUUUUUUAGGCAAGGGCACAUUCACAGUCGGUCACAUAUGGUGAAAGGCCUGGAUUUUUGAACACGCGUCUCGUUAGCACAUUGCCAUGAAGAUCCUCUUCACUCUGCGUAAGCCUCCUUUGCAUUCUCCUCCACCGGUUUAGCGUCAGAUGAUAAUUUUAGGUUUUCCUUCAUUUGCAUGCACUAUAGUAAUUCUUGGAUGAUGAUUAGUAAAAUGCUGAUCUUAUAAAUAACUUGUGCUAGGUCAAAAUGGGAUGGAUGCCCGUAUGUGGCAAUGGGACUUGGAAUUUUGCAAUGGGUCGGUCAGAUUGUAGAUAUCUGUUUUGAAUAGCAAAUGGAUGUUUGUGUUUA